AUGGAAUUCUCUGCAGACGACGAGCAGGCUCUCAAGCAAUACCUGCCCAGCGAAUUUGGAAAGAAGGAUGGCUCCGUGAACGUCGAGGCGCAAAUCGAGCGCGCGCGUAGGCCAGUGGUCGAUGAGAGCAAGCAGGCAAAGAAGGAGAAAGGGUCGGACGACGAACAGGAUUCGGACGAUGAUAGCGAUAUGAGCGAUGAAGAGGACGAAUACCCAGUUUCUCACGAACUGGUCAUCAAGACGCACGAUCGCGCGGUCACGACGAUUGCGCUCGAUGCAUCCGGUACGCGGCUGGUGACUGGAGGGAACGACUGCACGCUCAAGCUGCACGACCUUAGCGCACUUACCCCGAGUACUAUCCGCGCUUUCAAGACGGUCGAUCCUUUCACCACCAAACCCUCGCAAACCGCCGAGUCGCAUUCCAUACACCAGGUUGUGUUUGGCCCACACUCUGGAGGCCAAUUCCUGUGCAUUACUGCAACAUCACAGGCGAGGCUGUUCAGCAGGGAUGGAGAGCUUAUAUCAGAGUUUGUCAAGGGCGACAUGUACCUGAGGGACAAGCACAACACAAAAGGACAUACGGCAGAAAUCACAAGCGGCGCAUGGCACCCCACGAAUCGCGACCGCUUCGCUACAGCAGGGACAGACAGUACAGUGCGGAUAUGGGACGUGAAUAAAAGGAUGAAGCAGGAGGAGGUCAUCGUACACAAGUCAAGAGCUGCUGGUAGCGCGGGCAUGACAAGGAUGACGGCCAUUGCAUGGGGCGCCGCAGCCGAGGGAGGGAGCAGUAUGCUGGUGUCAGCAGCACUCGACGGAAGUCUCGUCAUGUGGGGUGGUGAAGGACCGUACCACAGGCCGACAGCAGAGAUCAAAGAAGCGCACGCGAAAGAUACUUGGACGAGCGGACUGGAUAUCAGUGCAGAUGGCAGGCUGGUGAUCACAAGAGGAGGGGACGACACCAUCAAGUUGUGGGAUACGAGGAAGUUCAAGACACCUCUGAACACCACAUCACAUCCGUCAACGUCUUCACAAUAUCCGACAUCGAACAUCAAGUUUGCGCCCAACUCGCAGAGCAUAGUCACAGGAUCAGAGACCGGGCAUCUCCACAUCCUCAACCCAGCAACACUUCGCCCGGAGCUGGUCACACCAGUCACGCCAGGCUCUCCUCUGAUAACGGUCAACUGGCAUCCCAGGCUCAACCAAAUUCUCACAGGUUCAGCCAACGGUCAAACAACGAUCCUGUUUAACCCCAAGCUGUCCAAAGCCGGCGCUCUUACAAUCCUUAGCAAGGCGCCCAAGAAGCGACACCUCGAUGACGACCCAUCCCUCACCGUAGACAUGGACCCGCUGGGUAUGGCUGGUGAAGCACACGAUCCUUCUGGCAAUGCAGCCUCGUUUUCCGCACGCCAUCCCACCAUCGGUCUCACAGCCUCGGGUAAGAGCCGCGACCCACGGAGACCGCAUAUCCCAGCUACAACACCUUUUGCUAAGUCAACGCCCGACCAAAAGUAUGUCAUGGAGCAGAUUGAAGGCAGUGAUAUGAGGGACGAGGAUCCUAGAGAGGCGCUGCUCAAGUAUGCGUUGAAAGAGGGAGAGAAGGCUGUCUUUACCGGCGCGUGGGAGAAAACCCAGCCAGUUGGAAUCUACAAGGACUACGACAGUGAGGAGGAUGAGAGGGAGAAGAAGAAGGCAAAACGGUAG